GAGGGACGACACAGCACCAGACGCCACACAACAAGGCACUCUGUUUAAAGGGUGCCAUAAACUGCUGCUUUAUUUAAUGUAUUUUCGCAGAACAAGACAGUGACAGGGGCCGUGGCUGCCUGCGUGUGCUGGUUCAAGCUUGGUGCCUACCGGGAAGUGCCUACAGGGCCACCAAAGCUAAUAUUGAUACGAAUGUAGAGGGACAAAAGAGAAAAGCAGGAAGACCACCACCACCAGCACAGUGGAAGAAAGUACGAUAGUAUGGUCAAAACAAUCUGGCAACGCUGGCGGACAGGCGGAGUGACAGACAUUCACGUUCAAGAUUUCAGCCGUGCAGCAUGGCAGACGAGAACCUGGCAAGGCAGAACGAUGAGAUAGAAGCGCUGGCGUCCAUCUACGGCACAGACUUCCACACGGAGAGCGCCGAGCACCGCACCUACAGUGUGGAGAUCAACGAGGCACAGCUGUCCUCCCUCCUGCAGGUGACCAUGCCCACUGACUACCCUGCUGAGGCCCCUCCCACUUACAGCCUCAGUGCCCCAUGGCUCAAGGGUCUUCGUCGGCAGGAACUGUGUGGUCACCUGGAGAAUAUUUACCUGGAGAACACAGGGGAGAGCAUCGUGUACCUGUGGGUGGAGAGAAUACGGCAGUUCAUGGUGGAGUUUGGGGAGGAGGAGGAAGUGCAGGAGUCACAGGCACAGGAGGUCAUCGCCAUUCAGGACACCCCCAAGGAACUCGCACAAGAGAUGGACUGCCCUGAAAUUUUCUCAGGUGAAAUCAUAUCAGACCGCAAGAGUGUCUUCCAGCCCCACCUUGCAGCCGUCCAUUCCCAGGCACAGGUUGGACAAGUGUUAAAGAAGCUGUAUGAGAACAAGAAGGUUGCCAACGCUACCCACAAUAUGUACGCCUACCGCUUCCUUCCUGACGGGUCCACACACAUCACCCAGGACUGUGAGGAUGAUGGGGAGGACCACGCUGGUGGCCGCAUGCUGCAUCUCCUACAGAUUCUUGAUGUGGUUAACGUGAUGGUGGUUGUGACGCGGUGGUACGGGGGCAUCCACCUUGGCCCAGACCGCUUCAAGCAUAUCAACAACGCUGCCCGGCAAAUCCUGGACUCUUGUGGCUAUAUCGUUCCCCGGCAGGACGACAACAAGAAGAAAAAAAAGGGGAAAUAACAAGGUCUUCAUCUGGUGUUCCUCUUUCCUCCUUGUGCUGGUGACAGCUUGAGUGCAGGGACGGCUCUUGUGAUUCGCUGGUUUGUCAGGGUGCAAUGUAUGACACUUUUUGUACUUUGUUACUUAGCUGGUUAUAUUGUGAUGAAGAAUGUAUGAUUGUUUAUUAUUUAUGUAUGUUCACAGUGGCCGGUGCGGGAGAAGUGAAUGCGGAUGAAGCAAGUUUGGCCGUAAAUCAGGAAGUUUGUGAAAUAGUGAAAGUUUGCCGGAGUGUUAGUCAUGCACGGAGGGCCACAGCUUUUUUGCUUUGUCCUGCUUCAUUUGUAUAAUUUAGACUGCAAAGGUUGCACUGGAGUUUUGCAGCAGAAUGAUGUGAUAUUUUGUACUGAUUGACGUUGUGAGGAAGACCUCUGAGUAAUGAAAAGAUCUGGCAGUAAGGGUGUUUGUUCCUUCUGUACUAGACUCUUAAGAGUAUCUGAAGCAAAUCAUUCCUCUCACUGUAGGAAUAAAACUGCAAUGAUGUGAUAUUUUCCAUUGAGUGGGUAAGCUUGAAGAGAUCUUGCAGUAAGGGUGUUCCAUCUAUCCCAGGCUGAGAACACCCUUAAGAGUAGCUGAGGCAAGUCGUUCCUCUCACUGUAGGAAUAAAAAAUGCAGAGGAGACGGUUCCUUGUUUCCUCAUUCCGUCCCUUUAAGUCAAGUUGUACAGCAUGCAUGGAAUGUAGGGUCAUAUUCUGAGACACUUCUGCACUGCACCUCCACUACAUUCAGAAAGCUGUAAUUGAAACUACACAGGUUCUUAAGAGAUUUCAUAGUUCUAGUGACAAGUUAACAAGAUUUCUACAUUAUCAACAGGAGAAACACUCUUGAGAACCCAGCUAAUCAUCUCUGUUGUGGUGAGAGAGCAAAGCAUUUCUGAAUACAGGCCACAGUAGUUCUCUUCCCACUAGCUAUGGAUAGAGUAGCCUGGCUGUGUCUUCUUAACAUGUCUGUCCAUACACUAGUCUCAAUAAAAGUGUUUCCAGUAAUUCUAGUCUGUGGUUUGUGAUUUCUCAGUGCACAGGGACCAGUUUAGUGAGCAGUGUAGUGUAUCAGUGGGGCCUUAAAGAGUCAGUGCAUCCCUUGCCUUGUUAUCGGAGCCUGCAGGUGUUCAGUGUUCACAUGCCACUGGUUAGGGUAGAUGUAGACAGUUCCUUUCUAUUGAGAGUUCUAAUGUGUAUUGUAUAAGUUGUUAUUGCUGCUUUUAUUGGCUGUGUGGAUUUUUGGUGAGUGAAGUGAAAGGUUUGAAUGAUAAAAGGUUGUUUUAGUUUAUUGUCAUUAGUUUUAUUGUUUGUAUGGCUUUUUGAUGAAUAAAGUGGAAGGUUUAAGUGA